AUGGAAAGCGAGGACAGCGCUUCGAGUUCCUCAGUCUCCGGAACUGAAACAGAAACCCAGCCGAAAGAUAGUGAUGUCGAGGCGGGAUUCACAGCUCGCCCUUACCAAGUGGAAUUACUAGAAAGGGCUCUGGAAAGAAACACAAUCGUUUGUCUCGGAACGGGAACUGGAAAAACAUUCAUCAGUGUAAUGCUAAUAAAGGAACUCUCUCACCAGAUCAGAGAAAUCUACGACAACGGUGGAAAAAGAAGUUUCUUCCUCGUUAAUACAGGUUAGAAAGUAUUUGUUUACGUUUUGUGUUAAAUGGAGGGGGUGGAGGUGAGGUUUGUACGGGCUGUAUGUGUAGCGUACCGGUGUCGUUUUCAAUUUGCGAUAUAGAGUGUUUUCACUCACGUGGCCAGCAUUAUGCAAAUUUAUUGUAACAAAAGAAAGCGUUUGCAUAAGAAAAGAGUUCAACUCCCAGGGGACUGGUUUAGGACACCAACAUGGCCGGCGUUUCAUUGUUUUGGGACACCAAUAUGGCCGCCGUGACGUCAUGUGAAAACACUCUAUUCUCUUAAAUUUGAUCUUAAAGUGAUUCGCUGGUUUGCACUGCGCAUCUCUUACAGCACAAAACAAGAUGGCCGCCGUGAAAAAGAGUAUCUGACGUAACAUUACUAAAAUGGAGUUAACUGAAGAGAAAUGCUAUUGGAAUUUUCGCUUGCGGUUGUUUCUUGUCGAGAUGAAACUCAAUGUGUUGGAAAUGUGCAUAACGUAAGCAGUACGUACGCGUGUUGCUGAGUUCGACUCCCUCACGGACAAGCUCAAUACACUUUGAUUUUCAUUUAAGCGCCAUCUUUAUUACAUUGUGUCCUAACUGUGAUAUCUCGAUGCAAACCCGGUAAAAGGGGGUUUUCUAAUGCUUUCUUCCCCCUUCCACAUACAUGCCACUUUGAAACUCGUUCCAGUCCUCUCUCAAAAAUAGGAGGUAAUACAUAUGGUGCGCACUUUCUGCAGCUCUACCGCAAAAACGAGUGCGGUGAUCCCCAUUUUUUAUUUCACGAUCUUAAUAGGAACAAUGCUUCCUUUCCAUGAAAAAAAAUUGGCAUAAAUCUGUGUUCAGUUUUUUUCAACAAUUUUACUAAAUUGUACGGAUCGAGCUAUAAUGGGUCAAAUAGCGCGUGUGCCAAAUAAGUCUACUUUGAGGUGUAAAGUAAAACCAAGGGCAUUAAAAGGCGUUUUGUGGUACCUAAGUCGAUAAACAAUACAUUUAAGUCAAAUUCUGUACGAAACCACAUGCAUUAUCGAAAAAAGUCUCACAAUUUUGUCUAGUUUAGUCUGCGCGCGGUUUUUGCCAAAGGGUCUAUAAAUAGCCGUAUUUGUCAGCAUAUUUGUGACGUGAAAACGAGCUGAGUGAUCCCCACCUUUUAUUACAUUUUUAUAAUCUUCUUGACUUGUUACAUCAGUGUACCAAGUUUCAUCUACAAUCUAUGUUAGGUUCUUUUACUAGGGAAUCACCCUUAAUUGCACUGUAAUUUGAAUUAAAAUUUUUUGGCUUUUAAAAUCAGUACAGUAUGUGGACCUUGGUCCGCACGAAAAAAAGACGUAAAUGAGUAUUUCUUAUCUUAGAAGAGGAGUAGUGAGCUGAAACAUUUAACUAACUUGUGACAAACCGACAGCUUCUGAGCUUUGCCGAAAACCCUGCAUCAUAGAAAAUGACCGCUCCGUUUAAAGGUCCCUGGUCCGACCAGUGGUUCCUCGGUCCGGCCACUUGUACCCCGGCAUGCAAACUGUGCGCAAAAAGAAACGUUCCAAGCACCAACUGAUCUAAAUUCCUGUAUAUUUUCUAUAGGCAUCAUUUUUACUCCGAAACCAAAGUGAGAUUUCUGUGCCAAGAGCUAUAGUUUGGUCUCAUGUGCAUGAAGAAUUAAUAGUUUCGCUUCUGUGCGAAAGUGUGUCGUGCAGUUAUGAUGCGACGGCAGCGAAAUCGCCACAUUUUAAAUGAAUUCAGUCAAAGUUUAGAGGCGGAGAAAAAAUUAAUUUGUCGUCGCUUGUCAAAAAAAAAACUUUCCAUCAGGAAAUUUCAUGCAGCAACGGCAAAGAAAUCCGACCGACAAGCAUGCGUCAUCAUCCACGUACAGUCCGUGCGGAGUAAUGUUUUGCUGGUUAAACCCUUUAAGCCCUAGCCUGAGAAAACAGCCGACAUUUGGCGACGUUACCACUGCUUUCCCCGCCAAGUGACGUCUGAGAUACAAGCGCAGAAAUUCCAUACUGAUAAUCUGGGUAGUGCUUCUGAUUGGUCGUGCCGCGUGGGAAAUUUGAUUCAACCUCCGCUUUAAUAUUGAAAGUGCUUUACUGAAAAUGUGACUCAUAGUCGAAAGAUCCUCACUUCAAUUCAUAAAUCUUAAUUUACAAUGAACUAAACGAAGCGAAAACUAAACUUUCUGAGGCUCUCCCUUUUCAAUCACUAUUUGGCUAGGGCCAAGUACGCAAAAUUUACUUGAGAAUAUUGUCUAAAACUUUGGUUUCAAAAUUCAACCUGUCGACCGAAUUUUUUUUUUGCACUUUGAAAUUAAAGAACAUUUCUUGUACACCAUGUACACCAAAAAAUUAGCUUUCUUAACGCACUUAAUCGCAUAUGCGUGAAUUAAAAAUAUAUCCAAAUAAUUAAAGGCGCCAUAAAAAGACAAAACUUACAGAACAAAAUUCACCUGUGUUCGUGUUAACUUGAUUUUCCAGCCUUUCCUAACAUGAGGACAACCUCUAAUCGAGCCUAAGAAGGCAAACAGAUCAUUAAAAACUCGGAAAUUUUUUUUGUAUUGUAACCUUAUUUUCUUCCCGAAAAUUUCAUCGCAAAGUAAAACCGGCCGGACCAAGGACCACCAAUGCAGACGUACUGUACAUUCUCGAACACGCUAAGAUUUACACCACAAGUCACCUAGCAUUCACUUAUUAACAAAUAUGUAGCCCCUGCGGCAAAGUGAGAACUAGCUUUUGCCUCUAAUAUUCCCUAAGUUUGUAUAAAUUUCGUAGGCAUUUAAAUAAUCAUAGCAUUUUGUAAUGUAAACAACCAAAACCGAUCAAACUUAUAAUCAUCAGCUCUUUCCUUUGAAGCUGUCGACAACCAUAACUCAUGAUAACUGCAAAUUAUGUUAUUUGGGAACUGUACAAAAAACCUUAGAUUAACAAAUUUUUACAGUGGUUCUUUUGACCAGCUACUAUAUUUUAUUUUCUCUCAGUUCCUUUAGCCAUCCAGCAAGCCAGGGUGAUUAAGAAACACACAGAUUUGAAGGUGAAGCAUUACGUUGGCGAGAUGGGAGUCGACUUCUGGGACAAAAAUAAGUGGGAAAAUGAGUUCAAUGAAAACAAUGUUUUGGUGAUGACUGCCCAGAUUUUUCUCAAUCUUCUACUCCAUGGUUUCAUCAAACUUUCGCAAGUAAAUCUUCUGAUAUUUGAUGAAUGCCAUCAUGCCAAGAAGAGUCAUCCAUACAAGCAAAUUAUGAACCGCUUUGUUGGUUGCCAAGAAACUGACUAUCCAAAGAUCAUGGGUCUAACAGCAUCCGUAGUAAAUAAAAAGGUGAAACCAGGGAAAAUUGAAUCUGAAAUCCAAGAACUGGAAUGCACACUGAGGUCAACAUGCGAGACAAGUCAAGAUGAACAUGUUGGGAAGUUUGCUUCAAAACCAAAUGAACAGAUCAUUCAGUUUUCAAAUGCUAACUUUGACGACAGCACAAUCAUCUUACUUCAAAAACUUCAAGAAGUUUUAAGACCAGAAAUAAACCACCUUGGUGACUAUGAAGUGCAAGGGAAUGGUGUAUCAUUGGCUGCUCACUCGUUUGCCUUGUCGGCACUGACUGAGUGUCAAGAGAUUUUAUCAGAAAUGGGUCCCUGGGCUGCCAACAAAGUUGCAGGAUACUUAAUCAAGGACCUACAAGGUAAAGUGGCGGAUCCAGACCUUCAGAUAAGGGGGAGGGGGGGGGCAGCCAUCCUGACCCUGAGAUAUGGGGAGGGUGGCCGGUCUCCAAAAAGGGGCGGGGGGGGCAGGCCCUUCCCCUGGAUCGGCCACUGAAGGUAUGGUCUAAAUGGCAGGGUUGUCAAGCAGUAACCAGUGGUCCCCUCGUUUUUUGUUGUUGUUGUUUUUUGUCUUCAUUCAAACCAUAUUGUGGGUUCCUCCAAUUUUUAAUUUCUUCGAGUGCAGCCUUGAAGGGCAUGAUAAAAAGCAUACUUAAGAGGACCUUAACAAUUACAUAGCAAAGCAUAAGUAAUUAAAAAUUGAAAUAACUGCUUGUUCAAAGUAAUGGUUUUAUAGUGUUAGACCAUUAUUUUUUUGUUAUCAUCUCAACUUAGAAACAAGUAAUUAUAAAGAGAUUUUAUGCCUUUUCUUGAUAUUGUAAUACUGCAUAGAAUUUUUCGUUGUAAAUAAGGGUAGGAACUUUUUUUUAGUUUUUAUAGACAGAGCAUGCAUGUUUCAAGACUGCAAGGAAGGAAGAAUGUUCUGUGAGUUUAGCAAAACACAGCUGCAACAAGUACAAGGUGUUUAUAACAAUUAUACAUCCACUCUUGGCAGUGGGGAGACUGGCAGCACUGAAAAGUUAUACGUAAUGCCCAAAGUAAAGGAGCUGUUGUCUGUUUUAAAAAAAGAAUAUGGGAAUGCACAAAACAGUGGUGAGUUAGUCAGUUUCGAUAAUUGUAACAAAAUGCUUGCAAAUAGACUCACAUUUCUUGCAUUUAUAUAUCUUAAAGCUGUCCCAGUAAUUAAUUUCAUCUAAAACUAUCCUUCCUUUGGGUGGAAGCGAAGUGUCCUUGACAUUUUUUAAUCUGAUAUGAAGCAAAGGGAAUCAAGAACAAAUGCAAUCAACACUAAACCACCUAGGUAAAGAACGUGCGUUCCCUAUUAGAAUGCAUUGCAUGGUCCCAUAUCUCAACCCAGCCUGCUGCAAAAAAGUGUCCCCAUUCUGAAAUCUUACAGCCUACUCAUGAAAAAAGGAUUUACGUAGUAGUAUUUCCGAACCUGUGAGCAAGCUCCCUUGGGGAUAUCUGGGCUCCACACGGAAGAUAAAACAACUUUUUGACUCAGUGGAAUGAAGACACCGCAUAGAAUUGGGGUAAUGCAUUGCGACUGAAAUGCUUUUAGACUAAGUAGAUGAGGUUUGGGGGAGGUUCUUCCCUUCCCCUAAAUCCUAUCCCCCAAACCAAGAGAAAAAGUAGAGAGAAUAAGAGAGCAUGUUCACAGACUGCCAAACACGUGGCUGUGUCCAAGCCUUAAGCUUUUGUCCUUUGCUCCUCACAGACCGUCUUGAGUCUCAUCUUGGGUUUCUUGAUUUGAAAAGAACAGAAUGCAUCAGUCUGCAGGUUGGACGUGCAAUGAAAAUCUUCACUAGCGUACUAUUGUUUUUUGUUUAUAGAGAACAAGCUUUGUGGCAUAGUGUUCGUAGAAAGGCGAUGCACAGCACUGGUACUCAGCGAGCAGAUAAACAUUGCUGCAAAAUCAGAUCAUGAGUUGUCCUUCAUCGAAAGCAGCUUUGUGAUUGGCCAUGGCACAGGUGGAAAGGCUAAUUACUCCAAUGAAACAGAGAUGAACUUCAAAAAGCAAGAAGAGGUAUUGCGACAGUUCAGGCUCCAUGAAUUCAACCUUUUGAUCGCAACUUCUGUUGUUGAAGAAGGAUUGGAUAUCCCAAAGUGCAACUUGGUGUGCCGGUUUGAUUUUCCAAUGACACUACGCUCCUAUGUGCAGUCAAAAGGCCGAGCACGUGCCAAGGAUUCCAACUACAUUGUUCUUGUAGAUAAAAAGGAUUAUGUGGAAAAGCGAGGCGAAUUGGAGGUUAGCGAUCAGCUCUUUCUUUUUAUUCUUAGGGUACAUAAAAGUGACUAUUCACUGUGUGAAGAAGAAUGUUCUUGCUAUGUAAGAAUACAUUGUACUUCCAACAACGUCUUUAAAGGGUUAUUUGUUCUCUUCUUUCUUGUCCACGACGGAUUUUAAUUACCAGCAAAGAGGUAGUAAGAAGUCAUCAUUUUCCAACUUGCUUUCUGUUCAGUGAAAGUGAACACUGCUGUUUUUAAACAGUUUAAAAAUUGUCAUUUCGAUCAAGUCACUCUGUGUCAGCAGCUUCUUAGAAUCCAACUUCGAUAACUCCUCUUACGUUGCUAACGUUAAAACGCCUUCCACUUGUAACGCACAUGUGAUUCAGGAACAGUAGGUAAACAGUAGGUAAACAGUAGGUUUUCGACAACAAAAAUUGUGCUGUUUGCGUCACAAUUUAUACUUAGAACUAUUAACUUGUUGGCAUGAAUGGUGUCUCAGUUGAACAGCCGUGUUCAUAUAGUCACAUUAUAUGCUUGCGUAUUUUUUGCCCCAUUCCUAGACUAACAAUCAGCUUUGGAUAACAGUGUGUUGCUUUUAAUCGUCAGAUGAUGCGUGAAAUUGAGAACUGUCUGUCAAAGAAGUGCCAUGGCCGCAAAGACGGAUGAUUUCUCCUCACACUUCUUCACCGUCCGCGCCUGUCAAAGAAUGGAGGUAUACUUGGACUCUUGGCAUGUCCUCGUUAUCAGUGGUACCUCUUGUCGCAAAGAGAGGAAUCCAUGUAAUAUUACGUAGCUUAAGCAAACACAUUUUUGAGCAACGCAUAUCAACCGGAAGUAGACUUUCUACAUUCUUGGGCAGUGGUUUUGCCCAAAUUUUCUAGCCUGCGUUACUGGCAGGAUUGUUGUGCACGAAGCAAGAGCGAAGCCGCAAGGGAAAAUCCGCCUGCCACAUUUCUUAUGGGUUUUGAAUGCCGUCCACUUUUGUCACUUGGUUGAAACUAUUUGAUUUAAUAAACAGUGUAAUACGAAACUGGCAAAAAAAAUUAAAACAUACUAGAGAAUCAAGUCAUGGACAAAACAACUACAUGUAGCAAGUUAUUAAGGAUCCAGGCAGAGUGCAGCUACUCAAAACUGAAGAAACUAAAACCUCUAUUAAAACCUUUAUUUAGAAUCCUCCACCCGUUUUUCUGUGCCAGUUUUCAAUGAUCAAGCGCUCUUUUGAUGUUAACCUCGGAUGGAUCGUGGAGUUUGCAAUGCAUGACAAAAGGUGACAGAAAAGAUGGGCUUUUGUUAUAGAGCCAAUUUCCUGUCGUAAAACGAGAUUAGCUUCACAUUUAACGGGAAAAAGCCUCACUUCCGGUUGCUGUGCGUGGCUGAAAAUCGCCUUGGCUUAAACUCCCUAUUGGCUUUUUUAGGGCUGCCAACUGCUUAAUUGUGUUUAGUUCAGUUGGUCUUGUUUUUGUUGUUCACCUUUAGGCUGGUAAACGAACUCGCUCUUAGGCAGCGUUCACACUUGGUUCCCGGGCACGAUGCCCAAGUACGGUACUCACUGGGCACUAAUGUGAACACACCCUUUUUUCUAGUGCCCACCCUAGAAUUUGGGCACAGUGCCGGUGCCCGAGUACAAGGUCUCGACCUUGUACUCGGGCGCAAAAGUGGGCACCGGGUCCCUGUGUGCACACAAUUUUUGUAAGUUCCGGGCAGUCCACUGCUUUGUUCUCGCUGCUAAGCUCAUGUUUGAAAAUGGCGUCUGACAGGGCGAAAUGGGGUAACUAUGUACACAGACACAUAUCGGGUACUCAAAGUGUGAACACAACACCAUUUUGUGCCGGUACCCAGGCACUGGUUCCCGAGCACCAAGUGUGGACAGCCCCUUAGGCUACUUGGUUCCCGGGUCCACUGCCUGCGGGUACUGGUUGAAAAUGGCAUUGUGUUUACACUUUUGGUUCCUGAUAUACAACUGUGUACACAUUUUUCCCUGUCAAAAGUUAUUUUGAAACGUAAGUGAAGCAGAAAGGUAUGGAAAAGCAGAGCAGUGGAUUCCCUCGAAAUGAACAGAAAACGUGUGCACAUAGGGAGCCUGUGCCACUUAAUUGCCCCAAGUACAAGGUCUCGUGCCAGGGCACUAAGUUUGAACACAGCCGUAGUAAAUAUGCACUGCAGCGGAGAUUUCAACCCCCCUGGUCCCCCCAAAACACACCACUUUAGGUGCCUGCCCAGCUAACCCUUAUGCCGCUUUAGACGUUCGCGCCUUACGUGAACUGGUAUUAUUUAGACAGUGGACUAGGCUGCAAAGCUGUGCGUGCAAAUGCUGAGUACAUUCUCUUUCUUUUAGACUAAAUAUUCUCUGAACUGGACUGUUUCCCUAUCUUAAUAUACUUCAGGUACUGUUCUAUGUUGCCAAGUGACAGAUUCACACACCUCAGCCCAGUUUACAAGAUAGAGGAAGUUGAGGAAGAUGGAAAAAAACUAUAUAAGUGUGAACUGGAACUGCCAAAUAACUGCCAGCUACGGAGAACUAUAUGUGUGAGUGCAAGUAAAAUCACUGCUCUGACUUUAGCAUAGUAAAUUGAAGAUAAACUUGUUACCUUUAAUAAUAAGCGGUAUCGUAAGCUUUAGGCCUUCCAACCUCGUCAAAAAAUAUCAAAAGUGGCUUAUUUGCUGAAGCAUCUUCAAUAAACGUAUGUACUCGAAAAGCGUUCAAUGAUUCAGAACGAUCGUAGUUCCAUUUCGACAGUACACGGUCAAUUCAUCUUUUCCUGAGAUCCAUAAAUUAAUACACUUGACAACUUUUUUUUCUAUUCCAACAGGGCAAGGCGAUGCCAAGAAAAAGCCUCGCAAAAAUGGCUGCUGCUCUCUACGCCUGCAUAGAGCUUCACAAGAUUGGCGAACUUGAUGAUAAUCUCUUGCCAGUCCGCAACUUAUCAGAUGAUGAAAGUGAAUCGGAAGAAGAGGACGAUGAGUCUCCUGGAAAGAAACGAAAGAAAGCAGGAACAAAGAAACGAAAGCGAGUUUAUGAAAGAAAGGUAAGGAUAAUCCAGGGCAAACUUCUGCGCUAACACAAAACAACACGGUUGUGAUGCAGACACUUUUUUUCGGUGCAUAAUAUACGGGGCACGAGAUAAGCGUUGCGCGUUUACUCGUCGCCCCCCUCGACGAGCACCACUCUUAAUUUUUCCUGCACCUGCUACGAAAUCCAUGUAACGUGCCCUCAACAUUUCUUAAUAGGGCGGUAAGACAACCACGAUUGCAAAGACAGCGAACACAUCGUUUGUUAAGUGCAUUCGCGUUCUUGAAAACGUUAUCGCGAUUAAUCCAAGUCAAUUUGUCAAAUGCAGGCAAAUUCUUCAGGAGUAAAAUCCUUUGGAGUUUAUUUAGGUCCAAGGAGAGAAAUAAAAUAUUAUCGUCGUUUGUCAGGUCCUAUGUUAACACACUGGGAAAUUUCACGUCGUAUUCGUAGAGUGUCAGUAAUGAAAUGAUGCUCGUACUGAGUUGUUGUUUUGCUUCUUGAACCUAUUGCUUUUCUCCUAAUCCUAAUAUCGUCGCCGCCGUGGUUGCUCAAACUCCAUUUUGAAGCACCUAUAGAAAGACAUAGCACUUAUCUGCAGGGCCUGGGGAUUUAACUCUUGGUCUUAUACGUUACUGGGCUGAUCACUUAGAACGGACAGUCAGCAUCAAAACUGGCCUGCGUGACACGUGUUUCGCUCGAGUUAUGGCGCGAAAGUUGUCCCGAGAACAAAAAAGAAGAGGAAGGGGAGAAAAGGGAAUUUUUAGGUUUGCUUCGCAAGCGUUUUCUCUUCUCCCCUUCCCCUCCCCCACCUUCCACUUUUUUCACCCUCUUUCCAACUUUCGGGCAGCAACAGUUCGAGCGGAAACACUUUCCAUGCAGGCAUGUGAGAUGGAGGGGAAGAGCUAAACAUUGAAGUACUGAUGGAGGUUGGCAUCUUUCUAAGGGCACAUACGAUGUCUUUCUCGUACGUUCAUGUCAAGCGCCAUGGCUCACUUCCAUCAUAUUUGUACGUAAUGUAGUUCUUUCUUUUCUUUUUGCUUAAUUAGGUCCCUCAGGUCUUCAAAGGUAGCUUGCCACGGGAGAAUCAGCCCCAGUAUCUCACGGCCAUCACUAUAACCAUCACCAAACUCACUAACCAACAGGGCCUAGACGUGAGCCAGCGAUACUUUACAAAUGGUGUCUGCCACCUGUUUGGUUUAUUGACGAAUGUUCCAAUUCCAGCGGUUAGUUCUAGUUCAGUCAGAUGUUAGCUUUGAUAGUUGGCUGCUGACGCCUUUGUUCUCGGGUAAAACUUUAAUCCUUUAUCUCUCAAGAGAGUCUAAAAGCCUGAAAAAUAGCGUCAAAUUUCAUUUUCGAAGAUAAAUAAAUAUUACAGCGUGAAAGAAAUGUCAUAAAAAUGUUUCAUUUUGAUUUGAGUAGUUACAGCCUAAUUCAUCAGAAAUUCACAGUGUGGAGCUGGCAAUGAAAUGGUGCAACUGAAUUUAAUAUGACGUGUUACUUCAGAUAAACAUUACGAUCAUGAUUAUACAGGUUAUACUAGAAGAACCUGAUUGAUUGAUUGAUUGAUUGACUGAUUGAUUGCCGGACUGAUUGUGGAUUCAAUUAUAAUUGAUUAAUUGACGUUAUUUAUUUUAAUCCAAAGGUGAGAUCAUUGAAACUUUAUCCCGACUUUGGAGAAGUGACAGUAACGAUAAAAUGUCACAAGUCACCAUUGGGCGCAGGGAUUGCAAGACAAGACUUGAAAACUAUUGAAAAAUUCCACUGUUUCUUGUUCAGCCAAGUUCUUUGCGAGCCCGUGAAAUUUAGACCCAAAGGGUUCAAUGGCAGUACAGACGGUUACUUUGUAGUUCUGACGAAAAGUAAUGGAUUUGACGUGGACUAUGAUUCUAUGCGCCAUGCUUUAACAAGGCAAACUUCACUGGAGCGAUCAACCGGUGAAUUUAACAGAAUUGACGUUGACAUGGUGGUCUCAAAAAAUUACAUGGAUUCUGGACAAACAUUUUCGGUUGUAAGAGUACGCCAUGAUCUGAGUCCUAUGUCACCCUUCCCAGACAAAUCCAAAGCCAAAACCUAUGAAGGCUACUUCCGGGAGCAUCAUGGAAAGUCUUUUACAACCAUGAAACAGCCUCUUAUUGAAGUAAAAGGCAUUUGUGGAAGGGUGAAUUUCCUGGUGGACAGAAAGGUGGCAGUCAAGAAUAAGCGCGACGUUAUUGGUCUUUUCCCCGAACUAUGCAACGUACUGCCUAUUUCUGCUUCCCUUCUCAGUGUGUCUCUGAUCCUGCCGUCAAUUUUACAUCGUGUGAACGCGCUACUGCUUGUUGGUGAUGUCAAGGAAAUGGUCGCUGGAGUGCGUGACAACACAGAUGAAUCUAGCCUCCCUUCAGUUGGUGCUGGUAAUGCUAACGAUGGAAAGAGUUUACUCCGCAAUCACAAGGACAGCUUCUCAUCGAAGACGGACGUGGGUCAGGAGGAUUAUAGUGAUGACGAUGUGGAUGACUUUCCAGAGCUGUUUUCAGAUUUAAAACCACUGUUCAGUGGAAACCGAAGGGCUGCUGUUCAUCCCGACUCCGCUCUUGUACUUCAAGCUUUGACCACAACGCACAGUGCAGACGCCUUUAACCUAGAGAGGCUCGAGAUACUUGGAGACGCUUUCCUAAAGCUGGCGGUUUCACUUCACCUCUAUUGCACCUACCAUGACAAAGAUGAAGGGAAACUGACACAGCGCAAGAAAAGACAGAUCAGCAAUUUGGCGCUGUAUCGAGCGGCUAAAAAGACUCUUUUAGCAGGGUAUCAACAGAGCACGCAACUUGCACGUGAUGUAUGGUGUCCCACGGGAUGUCAGCACGGUAGUGCUGAAUCAGAUGUUUUGACGUCUAGUUCAGAAGCUACAGAAAUGGAAGGUGUUGAUGACGGUAACGCUGAAGAGCAGGGCUUUGGAAGCAGGCGAGACAAGUGUAAUACUCAGGUCAUAAAAGACAAAGCUGUUGCUGACAGCAUGGAAGCUCUCAUUGGAGCGCAUUUGAUUUGCUGUGGUUACACCGGAGCACUUCGUUUCAUGAAGUUCCUGGGUCUUGAGGUUCUUCCUAAGAAUGAUGGCAUCGACGCGGACAUUGGUGAGCUCGCUGAGAAGAGCAGAGAAAGGUCUGGGUGUUAUGCCAGAUUUUGGCCUGAGCAAGCAAACAAACCAGGAGCUCACCUAAGUCAAGAUAUGGUGGCACGGAUGGUCUCUGGCUUGGAGAAUUUUGAGCACUCCAUUAAGUACACUUUCAAUUCCAAAUUGCGUCUGGUAGAAGCUUUGACACAUACCUCGUAUCACCCUAACCGCGUCAAGCUCUGUUAUCAAAGAUUGGAGUUCCUUGGAGACGCCUUGUUGGAUUUCCUGGUAACACAACACCUUUACUUCCGCCAUGAAAAAUUGUCACCCGGUGACCUGACGGAUAUUCGCCAGGCUUUGGUAAAUAACAAUAUCAUUGCAACCAUUGCUGUGAAAUACGAGUAUAACAAGUAUUUGAAGGAGAUGUCUCCGGAUUGGUUUAGAUCCAUCGACAAUUUUAUUACUAGAUUGGAAGACAAAGAAAAAGAGAAUACUAACCCGGUAGGUGAAUUUAAAGUCUUCGUCUACCUUUAAUCGAGGUUGACAUUCUCUUUGCUGCUUUUUGAUUGUUAUGUUUGUUAGCCGCCAUUUUAAAAACCCAUCAGAGAACACCGGGUACCAGCGUGAGGAGCUGUGUUUUAUGUGGUCGUUUGGGUGAUCAAUAUAAGCAACACCUACCAAUCACAGCACAUGUUGGCUGGCCAAACAAUUGCAGACAUCGUAGCAGGGAAAACAGGUUCUCAGGUUCCCAAACAUUUCUAGACAGGAAAAUGUUGUUCUUUCACAUGUUACUGGCCCCAGUUUUGCUAGCCAGGAAUGUCAGUUCAGUUAGAGCUUCAGUCAGCAAGCACUUGUUUCAUUAACAGUGCAGGUGUAAGUAAAAGGGGAACACGGGUAGUGCAGUGGUGAGAGCACUCGCUUUCCACCAGUGUGGCCUGUCCCGGCCCGACAUCAUACGUAGGUUGAGUUGUUGGUUCUCGUUCUGGCUCCGAGAGGUGAGAGGUUUUUCUACGGGGGCUUCUGCUCUUCCCUCUCUUCAAAAACCAACACCAUCAAAUUGCACUUCGAUCUGGAACACACGAACACUUUCGAAAGUGUUCUUCGCAGGUCCUAGGUCUUUCUUGGGUAAACAUAUUACAUUUUUUACAAGUAACCUACAGCUCCACUUUAUCUCCAUUCUAAAUGACUGAAUAGGCCAUUAGCACGUAGGCGGCAUUAAGCUGCAGCUAUCAGGAUCCACCAGAGUUUUUUCUUGUUCAGGUUACUACUAGGUACACUAGGUAUGGCAAAUGAGGUGCAGGCGACAAAAAGUAGUGGAGUAGUUAAAAGAGAUUGAAACAUCUUUAUCCGAGAUUCCCUUCUUCAUAUUAUUCUAGUUCCUGGUGAAUCUUUAGUGUUCAUUAACCAAAGCGAAAAAAGACGCUGGGAUUUUCUUUGUAUUUCACAGGGGAUUGCAGAUCCAUUUAUUAUCGUAUCUGAACAAGACGAAGAAGGGAUCGAAGCUCCCAAGGUCCUGGGUGAUAUUUUUGAGUCCGUGGCUGGUGCAGUGUUUUUGGACAGCGGUAUGGAUUUGACCAAGGUCUGGGGAGUGUACUACCGCAUGAUGCAACCUUACAUCGGUAUGACAUCAUUUUUCAAAGUUAGAUAAUGUCCCCUACUGGUGACCCGACCCACCAUUUGUACGUGCAUGGUCACCCGAGCCCUAAAGGACUAGUCCCCGUAAAGUAUUAGCAAAGACGGUACCUCCUUUCUCAAUAUAUUAAAGACCUUGUAUAUAAUCAGAUGUUGAUUUGACGAUUGAACGCGCGACCUUCUCCCAAAAAAUUGGGGGAGGGGGUACAGUUUGUGGAUUGGCUCCGUUCAGGAUGUUUAACUCUAAUAUGACGGCUAUUUAUUAGAGCGGUCGCGCUACCAAGCCACAAUAUGAAGGGCACCAUUCUUUAGACAAAAGGUAAGUCUUUGUCGUUUUUGAAAAUUUUCAGUGUGCGCGCAUGUACGUUAAUAACAGGGAGCUCCCUUUAAGGGUUGAAACGAAUUUAAGCGGUGCCACAAAUUUUCUGACGAGCGUCCGUCAUUUUAUAGUGGUUUCUCCCGGAAAGAUCCCACUCUUGAGACCCGCGCUUUACCAACUAAGCUUACAGUGCUGUGGUUUGAAAACUCAUUUCUCAAAGUUUCCGUCUCAUAUUGAAUAAAAACUGUUACUGUUAACUUGACCAUUUUGAUACUUUUGCAUGUUACCAUGGUCAAACUCAUUCAACAGGCUGCAACAUGAACUAUUACCAUUCGCACUAUAUUAAAGAAAUAAGUAUUUGUUCUUUGUCAGACCAAUAUUCCGAAAACAUACCGAUCAAUCCCAUCAGGCGCGUGUACGAAGAGGACAACAAACGGAAAUUUAGGUACGUGAGUGAUAAAAUAUACAUAUUCCUGUGCAGGAUAUACGAGGUCCUGAAAAAAGGACUUGUUGCUCUCAACUCAUACUGUUCGUUUUAUAGGUUUUUACUGCUUUCUCUCUUUUGCAUGAUUUUUUCAAAAGUACAUUCAAAAGUGCAUUUCUGAGUUUGAGGAUGACCUACUCCAAAAUGUCAAAGCAUGAACCACUGUCACCCAAAGUUACGAAAACAUAUUUAUACGGACGGAAGGUUAUACGUGUGUUCAAUCAUUAGUCACCAAAAAUAAUUAACCAGCUGUGUUGAGAAGAAAAGAUACUGUAAUACUAGAAACAAAGAGAGAGAAUCACUUUCACUGAGAUAUUGAUUCCAGAUUAGUUUCAUCGGCAGCAGACAAAAACAGGUACUUACAUAGAGGCAAUACACUGAAAGUUGCUUACAAGUUGACUCCAACGAAACUAGUUUUCUAGGGCUGCGACCCCAGACAAUCUUUAAAGGACUGCCCUUAUCACACGGAUGGUCGCAGAAGACAAACUACAAACUGUGUAGCUUGUAACAAAAACAAUCGUUUAAGGGAUGCUGUUUCCUUAAUCAUUUAUCAAGUGAGUUGACAGGGAAAAUUGGCCAUUGUAAUUCUAGAAACAAAGCGAUGGAGAAUCACCCACACUUAGCCAACAUCGACUCAAGACUGGGUACAUCAUCAGCAACAUUUUCAACGACUGCUGACUUCAGAGAUAGGCGAACUCAUUUAUAUAAUUUCUGUUUAUAUCUUUAGCAAAGCCGAAGUUCUUGCCGAUGGAAGAGUCAGGUGUACUUUGAAAGUUCGCUGGGGUAAGUUCGAUGGUUAUGGCAAAAACUUCAAAAUUGCCAAGGCAACCGCUGCCAAGCUGGCAGUGCAGGCGCUUGACAAGAACAAGUCAAGGAAGUAG